UUAUCUCUGCAGAGCUCCCAAGCUGCUCUUUUUUUAAGGGGGGGAGGGCCUGGGGAGCUGGAGAGAUCUCUCGUCCUCUUUUAGCCCUCUUCUCUCUCCAUCUACCACUUGAAAGUUCAGCCCUAACCCUAGAUUCCAUCCGAGAGGAGGCCACCAUGGCGCAUCCUUGCUGCAAUAGUUAAGAAAGCUCGGAGCUUUUCUCAUUUCUGCCAUUUCUGAUUUGAACCAGUGGUAUUGGUAGAUUUGAUCGGAUUUUCUAUCUAAGUCUGUCUGGCUGGUGGAUGGCGAGUGUAGAGCUGUGAUAAGCACCAUCUAUUGUGAAAUACUGGUAGAUAGACGCCGAAAACUUUGUUUUUUUAGCUGAAAUUUUUCUCAAACCUCCGUUGAAGAGAGGCCACUAAGAACUAAAAUGAACCCUAGGGCCCUACAAAGUCCUAAUCUUUAGUGCAUACUGGUACUUCUAUUAAAUGUGGGAUCACAUACGGGUUCUUAGACGUGAAAGGAGCUGUUUUUCUUGAAAAAGUUGUGAUCUUUGAAGUGAGGGACAGUUGGUUCAUAGUCUCCCUCAGUACUGUUUCGUUUCCGCCGUGGUUUGAGGUGUUGGGAGCUGCAUGGCUUCCAAGAAGAAGAAGGAGGCUAUUGAUGAGGGGAAAUCCAUGGAAAUUCGGGUGUCACUUUUCCCAGAUGAAGUUUUGGAGCGCGUUCUGGGCUUUGUGAAAUCUCACAAGGACCGGAGCUCGGUCUCUCUGGUAUGCAAAGAUUGGUACACAGCUGAAAGAUGGAGCCGCACCCAUGUCUUCAUUGGCAAUUGCUACUCUGUCUCUCCAGAGAUUGUUGCUCGCAGAUUCCCCAAUAUCCGAAGUGUCACACUGAAAGGGAAACCUCGGUUCUCUGAUUUUAAUCUCGUUCCUCCAAAUUGGGGAGCUGAUAUCCACUCCUGGCUUGUGGUUUUUGCUUCAGCGUAUCCUUUCCUUGAAGAACUCCGGCUGAAAAGGAUGACUGUUACUGAUGAGAGCCUUGAUUUUCUGGCACGAUCUUUCACUGGAUUUAAAGCCCUGUCCCUUGUUAGCUGUGAUGGAUUUAGCACCGAUGGCCUUGCCUCCAUUGCAAGCUACUGCAGGAACUUAACCGAGCUAGACAUCCAGGAGAGUGGUAUUGAUGACCUUGGGGGCAGCUGGCUAAGUUAUUUUCCUGAGAGCUUUACAUCCCUGGAAACAUUGAAUUUUGCGAAUCUGAAUUCAGAAGUUAACUUUGAUGCAUUGGAGAAGCUUGUUUCCAGGUGCAAGUCCCUAAAGGUUCUCAAAGUAAAUAGGAGCAUCACAUUGGAGCAACUGCGGAGGCUGCUAAUGAGAGCCCCACAGCUUGUAGAGCUUGGGACUGGUUCAUUUUCACAAGAUCACUUGCUGCGGGCAGAUGCAGAACUGGAAGCUGCAUUUAAUAACUGCAAGAGCUUGCAUACACUUUCUGGAUUGUGGGAAGUUUCCUCCAUGUAUCUCCCUGCAUUAUACCCGGCUUGUACAAAUUUGAUAUUCUUGAAUCUGAGCUAUGCAACUCUCCAAAGUACGGAACUGGCAAAGCUUCUGCCAAACUGUCCUCUUCUUCGUCGGCUUUGGGUGCUGGACACAGUUGAGGACAAAGGGCUAGAGGCUGUUGCAUCCAACUGUCAUUUUCUUGAGGAACUUCGAGUAUUCCCCGCGGACCCAUUUGAUCAGGAAGGAAUUCCGGAAGGUGGUGGUACUGGUGUCACUGAAUUUGGAUUUGUUGCUGUGUCAAAAGGGUGUCCCAAUCUUCGAUAUGUACUCUAUUUUUGCCGUCAGAUGACCAAUGUUGCUGUGGCAACUGUUGUCCGCAACUGCCCAAACUUCACUCACUUUCGCCUUUGCAUAAUGAAUAUGUGUGAGCCUGACCACAUUACCAAGGACCCCAUGGAUGAAGCUUUUGGUGCAGUUGUUAAGACAUGCAAAAAACUUCGGAGGCUUGCUGUGUCUGGUCUCUUGACUGACCGCACAUUCGAGUACAUUGGCACCUAUGCUAAGAAUCUGGAGACCCUGUCAGUGGCUUUUGCUGGCAGAAGUGAUAGAGGAAUGCAAUCUGUACUUGAGGGUUGCCCAAAGCUGCGGAAACUCGAGAUAAGGGAUUGCCCCUUCGGUAAUUCAGCUCUGCUUUCUGGCCUUGAUAGGUAUGAGUCUAUGAGGUCACUUUGGAUGUCAGCGUGCAAGGUGACAAUAAAUGGGUGCCGCCUCCUGGCAAGGCGGAUGCCUAGGUUGAAUGUGGAGGUUAUCAAGGAGGAUGAUAAUGAUGAUACACAAGCUGAGAAAGUUUAUGUUUAUCGCUCAGUGGCAGGUCCAAGAAGGGAUGCGCCUCCGUUUGUUAUCACCAUGUGAUAGGUUCAGCGUUCUUGGUGUUAUGGCUCGAUCAGCCUGGAUUGGUAAAGGGAUGCUGAGUUCAGGUGCGAAUAACAUGAAUAUUUGUUUCCAGUACAGUUUCUUCAUAUACAGCAUGGACCUUCCUGAGGAGAGAAGAUUCAAAGCACUAGAAUUCAGGAAUUCAUGCCUUCGGUGCUUCCAUUGCAAUUAGCUGCACACCAUCAAAUACAUAUCCUGAAGAAAAUGAGGCGGCAAUAGUUUAAUGGCACAAGUGAAACCCAAAAGCUAACCCUGCUAUGCACGGCCCCCAGCCUAUAUCUUCAAUAAACUCGUGCAGCAAGCAAAGCCCGCCUCUGAUGAAGAUGCGUCAGUGGAGAGAGAAUUUAUGCCGUGACUUACCUCUUUUGCUUUUAUAUGGAAUUCCUACCGAGUCUAUCAAAGUGCAUCCUAAGAGAAAACUGACACCAUGUCUGUUUCACGUAACACAAUUUUGUUGUUGCUGCCGAAAGACUACUUUGUUGGAGGAUAAUUGUUAUUCUGAUAUUAAAUCCAAUAGGCCGAACUGAAGAGGAAAUCCUGGUUGUCGUUGAAAGUUAAACUGUGGUCGUUGUUGGUGGAGGAAAUCAAUUGUCUGUGGUUACCAACUGUUACCUCAGACAUAGUGAGCUGAAAUAUCAGGAGAUGUUGAAUGUUAUCUGGAUGUAUAUGACUGGUUAUCUUUUCUUUCAUGCAUUUGUCUGUCGUGUGUUUUUGUGGUGGUAUGACAUCCCUUUUUAAGUUUAUUUUGAGCAUGUUGUAGAUGAUUUCAAUGAUGGUGUUUGGCACAUUAUCCGUCUUAGAUGUUGAUUUUUUUUAUUCUUUU